AUGGCGGACGGCCGCUCCACCUCUCCAGCGACCCCGCCUCCCUUUCAUUCUGAAAGAAAGAACCUCUCCCGGAUACCCAAUGAGAAGCAACUCCACAACAAAGAUCCCGCCUCUUUCGGCACCGACCCCGCCCCGAGGGCGGCAGAAGAGCCCGCCCUACAACUCGACCGCGACAUCGACGCGCUGCUGGCCCGGGAGCGCCGCGCCGUGCGCCGCCUGGUCAAGAUCCUGCUGCUGGGCGCGGGCGAGAGCGGCAAGUCCACCUUCCUGAAGCAGAUGCGGAUCAUCCACGGCCGCGAGUUCGACCAGAAGGCACUGCUGGAGUUCCGCGACACCAUCUUCGACAACAUCCUCAAGGGCUCCAGGGUGCUCGUGGACGCGCGGGACAAGCUUGGCAUCCCUUGGCAGCACUCUGAAAAUGAAAAGCACGGGAUGUUCCUGAUGGCCUUUGAGAACCAAGCGGGGCUGCCCGUGGAGCCAGCCACCUUCCAGCUCUAUGUGCCUGCCCUGAGCGCUCUCUGGAGGGACUCGGGGAUCCGGGAGGCCUUCAGCCGCCGCAGCGAGUUCCAGCUGGGUGAGUCUGUGAAGUACUUCCUGGACAACUUGGACCGGAUUGGCCAACUGAACUACUUCCCCAGUAAGCAGGACAUCCUGCUGGCCCGGAAGGCCACCAAGGGCAUCGUGGAGCAUGACUUCGUCAUUAAGAAGAUCCCCUUCAAGAUGGUGGACGUGGGUGGGCAGCGGUCCCAGCGCCAGAAGUGGUUCCAAUGUUUCGACGGCAUCACCUCCAUCCUGUUCAUGGUGUCGUCCAGUGAGUUUGACCAGGUGCUUAUGGAGGACCGGCGCACCAACCGCCUGGUGGAGUCCAUGAACAUCUUUGAGACCAUCGUGAACAACAAGCUGUUCUUCAACGUCUCCAUCAUCCUCUUCCUCAACAAGAUGGACCUGCUGGUGGAGAAGGUGCGGAGCGUGAGCAUCCAGAAGCACUUCCCCGACUUCCAGGGUGACCCGCACCGGCUGGAGGACGUGCAGCGCUUCCUGGUCCAGUGCUUCGACCGGAAACGGCGCAACCGCAGCAAGCCGCUCUUCCACCACUUCACCACUGCCAUCGACACGGAGAACAUCCGCUUCGUCUUCCACGCUGUGAAGGACACCAUCCUGCAGGAGAACCUGAAGGACAUCAUGCUGCAGUGAGACGGGGCGGGAGCCCGUGCUGCCCGCGCGGCCUCACCCCGCGCCCCGGCCGUGCUGGUGAGCCAGGGGCAGCAGGACCCGGCAACUGUCGUGUCACGUGAGCUACUGAAUCUGGGGCCCGGCAAAACUACUGAAACUCCAGCCUGUAGCACCUGGUAACAGCUAGCUUGCUUCUCACAGGCACCUGCUCCCUUCCCGACACCGUGUCAUCAGGGCAGGGGCGCGCACGCGCUCCAGUGACAGAGUGCGCGCACACCCCUUGGCCUGGCACACCAACCCCGAAGCGCCGCCUCGACAGCUUGCAGAGGAACCCGGGCUGCUCAGCCCAGUGCCCGAGCCGCCCUCCAGAGUGAGCGUGCCGUGCUGCCUUUAACUUCACACCAGUGCCCGAGGGGCCCUGCCGGCCCCACGCCCCGCUGUGGGCCACAGGGUAGGGGUCCUGCACCUGCCUUGUUGUCCCCAGAAACAGCUCAGCCUCAUCAGCAUGCCCAGUGACACACCAGGGACAGGAUGGCUGCUGGCUGCAGCUGUCAGUCUGCCCCCAUGCCUACUGCCAUGGUGCUUUUUCCUCCUUGAUCCUUCCCCCCCAGUGGCAAAGCUGAAAACCCAAGUGGCCUUACAGAUGCCCCUUGACCUCAUUGGGGAAAAACAGGGGCUAGAGUAGCUGGCACAGGCACCCCCAAACUCCUCAUGCCACAGCUGCCCAGAGAGUCCCUGGCAGCUGGCCUUUCAAGUGGCCAAAAAGCCCAGAGAAAUCCCAGUAUCUGCACACUGCCCCCCCCACCAACGCCUUACAUAGCUGCUCCCCAAUUUCCUAAGCCUGACUGCCCCACCCCCGUGGCACACCCAGGGUGAGGGAGCGCCGUCAGGCCCCUGGUCAGAGUGAGGCUGUGCCUGGCUAAGCUCAGCUUGCGUCUAUGCCCACCAGCCCGGAGGGCACACAGGUGCCACAUUGCAUUCCACAGAGGCCUGGUGCAGGGCCUAGCUCUUUCCCCAGUGACUCCACAACAGAGAAAACACCGCAAAGCGCAGUGUGGGUGGCUUCCUAACACCGGCCCAGGUCCCCAGG